CUCCCAGUCCUGGCCUCCAGCAAACAAAACUCAGAUCUAGCUAGUGCAGAGCAAAAAGCAAGGUUUGUGGAGAGAGAGACCAGAGGCAGAAAGACCGUCCACGAGGUCAGCCAGCUCCUACCCCUUCCUGACUGGUCUCUCAGAAGGACUCCAGACCUCUGCAUCUGCAUCUCAUCUCUGAACAUCCCGGGUCUGGAUUUCAGUUCUAGAUCUCUCCAUAGAGAACUUCUGCUGGAGGACAGCAACGUUUUUCUAGGAAGAAGUGACUUUCCAGGAAGGCCACUAACAACCGGAUCCCACAUAACCCUCCUCUGGAGCCGGUUCAUUGCUAGUCUAGUCUGGUUGCCACAUUCCCAUGUGUCUUUCUGAUGGAGAUUCAUAAUAACUGUGUGAUAUGUGAACUACAUAGAGCCCCACACAGAAAAAAAUCCACUUAUAAAUGAGCUUCAUUUUGCAUCAGGAUUUGAGGACUGUUAAGUGAGAUAAGGCAUUCGAAGAACCCAACACAGACUCACAGACACAGGACCUUCUUGCUGUGUGGUUAAAGUCGAAGAGUGGAGGAAGAACCCGAGGUACGGCUUCCUCAGCCUCACCAAGAGAGCUGAGAGGUGUACAGAGAACGUCAGACCCAUCUUGUCAUGAAGCCAUCACACAAUUCCUGGGAGGCUGAGCCACUACUCCCCAACAUGGCAGAGACCCCUUACACCCCGCUGAAUUCGUCCUUCGGAUUUGCCGCAUCAUAUCAGACCACGGGCUGCGAUUUGCCUAAGGUCAGCAGGACUGUUGAAAAGGCCUUGAAUGAAGGGAAACUGUUGGACGUGGUAUAUGGGAUCAAGGAGAUGGUGGCAAUAUUGUCCCAAACCCCACUGAACAUCGCUUUGACUGGGAACUCGGGCAAUGGCCUGUCAUCUUUCAUCAAUGCACUCAGAAUCAUUGGCCAUGAGGAAGAUGACUCAGCUCCCACUGGGGUGGUGAGGACCACCCAGACACCAGCUGAGUACUCUUCACCCCACUUUCCCAAUGUGGUACUGUGGGACCUGCCUGGUUUGGGGGCCACAGCCCAAACCGUAGAGAGCUAUAGUGAAGAGAUGAACUUCAAGCUGUAUAACUUAUUCAUCAUCAUCGCCUCUGAGCAGUUCAGCUCGAAUCAUGUAAAUCUUGCUAAAGUCAUCCAGAGGAUGGGGAAGAGGUUCUAUAUUGUCUGGACCAAGCUGGACAGGGACCUCAGCCAAUGUGUCCUUUCAGAGAUCCGGCUCCUACAGAGUAUCCAGGAGAAUAUCCAGCAGAGUCUACAGAAGGAGAGGGUGAAUAUACCCCCCAUAUUCCUGGUAUCCAAUCUAGACCCUUUACUACAUGACUUCCCAAAGCUGAGGGACAUGCUGCAUGAAGACCUCUCCAACAUCAGGUGCUGUGGGCCCUUAAACGCUCUUUCUGGCACCUGUGAGAAGAUCAUUGAUGAUAAAGUGGCUUGCCUGAAGGAGAGAAUAGACAACGGGUGCUGGGGGAAUUCGUUUUGUGUCGGGGAUAAUGAUGACAUGGGGGAGUGUCUGAAAGUGUUCCGACUGGAAUUUGGUGUAGAUGAUGAAUCACUUCAACAGGUAGCCCAGAGUAUGAGGGGAGUAGUCCAAGAGUACAAGGUCGACAUGAAGUCCCAAACCCUGCACACUCUCCGCAGAAGGGACUGGAAACUGAGACUGAUGACUUGUGGAUUAAUGAAUGCAUUAUUCCAAAUUCUUAAAUGUCUCCCAGGCUUAUGUUGUUGCACCCUCUGUUCCAGACGCAUGAAACUCAAACGCAUGCUUCUGUUAGUUUCCCAGGACACCAAGACCAUCGUGAAGAAAAUCCUGAAAGACAUCACCAGCUCUCCUCAAAUCUAGUGUAGGGGGUGGUCUGUCACCCUUCUCACAUGGAAGCCAGACUGCCUUGGGUCUGGAUCUCACCUGGAUCCAUCCCUACCUCUCCACUAGAAAUCAAGAGAUAUAACAACACUUUUUCUAAAGGUUCUAGAUCCUUUGAGAGGAGUUAAAAAUAACUCAUUUCACUUGUCUGGAUUGUAAUGCACUCUUCCGCUGAGGGACAGGGACAAAUUGUUUUAAAAAAAUUGUUGAUCAUGAUUCUUAGAUUUGGAAUAUAGAAAAUUUUAAGUGUGAUGUAUGUCUAAAUCAGUUUUCCUCCAAAACAGUAAAGUCAGAUCUUCUUCAUUA